AUGACUUGCAGCAAAGGGAAGACUCCUCGGAGGCAUGGCCCAAAAAAGGCGUCCAACAUUGACAAAGAUCCCGUUGGAGUUUACUGCCGUAUACGUCCACUUGGAGCAGAAGAUGAGGAGUGUUGUGUUGAGAUGAUCAGCAGCUCCACCAUUCAGCUACACGCUCCCGAUGGCCUUAAAGCCAACCGUAAUGGGGAAUACAAAGAGACACAGUACUCCUUUAAAAAAGUAUUUGGUAUUAAUACCACUCAAGUGGAGCUGUUUGAGGAUGUUGCCAGGCCUCUGGUAGAGGACCUCAUUCACUGUAAGAAUGGUCUCUUAUUCACGUAUGGUGUUACUGGAAGUGGUAAGACCUUCACCAUGACCGGCUCACCUGGAGAAGGUGGACUCCUCCCCCGUUCUCUAGACAUGCUCUUCAACAGCAUCGGCCCCUUUCAGGCCAAAAGAUUUGUGUUUAAACCAGACGACAAAAAUGGGAUGGAGAUCCAGGGUCAAGUUGACGCACUGCUGGAGAGACAGAAGCGAGACAGUCAACAGUCGGUGCCAAAAACACCAUCCUCCAGGCAGAAGGUUGCUGACCCGGAGUUUGCGGAUAUGAUCAGCUCAGAGGAGGCGUGUAAAUCUGAGAAUGUGGAUGAAGACUGUUGUUACAGCGUCUUUGUGUCCUACAUCGAGGUCUACAACAACUAUAUCUAUGAUCUCCUGGAAGAUGCUCCAUUUGACCCAAUCAGACCAAAGUGGCUCGGUGGAGGCACGCCUGUACGGAACAAUGAGUUCAUACCACCUCAAUCCAAGAUUCUCCGAGAGGAUCAGAAUCAUAACAUGUAUGUGGCUGGCUGCACAGAAGUCGAGGUGAAAUCUACAGAGGAGGCUUUUGAAGUCUUUUGGAAAGGACAAAAGAAAAGGAGAAUAGCCAACACUCAACUCAACCGGGAAUCCAGUCGCUCCCACAGUGUGUUCACGGUGAAGCUGGCCCAGGCACCGCUUGAUGCUGAUGGGGACCACAUUCUACAGGACAAAAACCAGGUGAAUGUGAGCCAGCUGUGUCUGGUUGACCUGGCAGGUAGUGAACGCACCAGCAGAACCAGAGCAGAGGGAAGCCGCCUCCGUGAAGCAGGUAAUAUUAACCAGUCCUUGAUGACACUGCGCACAUGCAUGGAAGUCCUGCGUGAAAACCAGAUGUGUGGAACUAAUAAGAUGGUGCCAUACAGGGACUCUAAAGUUACACAUCUGUUUAAAAACUACUUUGAUGGAGAAGGAAAAGUCAGGAUGAUUGUGUGCGUCAACCCAAAGGCUGAUGAUUAUGACGAAACGAUGCUGGUGAUGCGCUUUGCAGAGAUGACCCAGGAGGUGGAAGUAGCGCGGCCGGUUGACCGGCCAAUCUGUGGCCUUGCAGCAGGACGCAGACACAGAAACCAGGUCUUCAGAGAUGAGCUGUCACGUCGCCUGGAAGAGCAAGGAGGUCCCGGUAAUGCAGAUGACCAAGGUCUGCUGAAUCAGCUCAUAGAAAGUCUUCCAGCCCUGCCUCCCUCUGAGCUGGUGGACGCAGCUGAUGAUCAGACGUUGCCACGCCUCAUGGAGGUGCUGGAAAGGAGACAUCGUGUCCGUCAGAUGAUGACCGAGCAGUACAACAAAACGGCCAAUACACUGGCGUCCAUGCUUCAGCAGUUAGACGGUCAGAUCAGUGCAAAGGAGACCUUCCUCCAUGAUCAACGAAGCAGACUGGACGAGAAAGACAAAGUCAUCAUCAACCAGAGGAAGGAGAUAGAACGAUUAGAGAAAAAAUCCAAUACUCUGGAAUACAAGAUCGAUAUCCUGCAGAAAACAACGGACAUGUAUGAGAACGACAAACGCUCACUUCAGCAGGAGCUGGAGACACGGGAGCAAAGGCUACAGAGAGAGCUGUCGGAGAGGAGGCGCAUGGAGCAGCGCAUGCACGGCAUGGUGACUGACACCAAACUCAAGUGGGAGAAGGAGUGUGAGAGGCGAGUGAACGCCAAGCAGCUGGAGAUGCAGAACAAAUUGUGGGUGAAGGAUGAGAAGUUGAAACAGCUCAAGGCCAUAGUGACGGAGAGCAGUGGUGGCGGCACUGAGCGUCCAGAGAAGCCUGAAAGGCCUUCAAGGGAGAGAGACCGCAACAUCGCCCAGAAGCGGUCUGCCUCACCAUCCCCACUUCCUGACUUGAGCCAAACUCCCUCCCACCAAAAUCCAGCCAGUGUUAGGGCAGUUCAGGACCCUUACCCUUCCUCCACCACAUCCUCCUCUUCAGCCUAUCCUUCAGUAGCCUCCUGCAUCUCUGAUUGGGAGCAGAGGUUCCCUGUAGACUCAAGCAGCCAGGCUAGGCAGCCUGGGACUCCCCAGUGCAGGACCCGGAACCCCACCCCAUGCCACAGCUCCAGCAGCGUGGGUCGCAGGAGAGGCCAGCGCUGGGCCCCAGGCACUGAGGCCCCUGCUACGGCUCUUGUCUAUGGGCUAGACCUAGAGGCAGGCACAAGGGUUAGUGUGUGUUAGAACCUAGAUGUCCUUAAGAUUAUGUGUAGUUUUUCUCUGAGGGCUUAUAGUUUAAGCCUCGCCUUGGUGUAGAACUGCCCCCGUAAUGGUAUCAGUAGAUGUCUGCUUGUUAAGACAUGCAUCCAGUAGUAGUAGUGCUGCAUCAGUGUAGGCUUGUUUCUCUUAUCCAGACUUUAAGGCGGACUGAUCUGUCAUGCUUGUAAAUGCUUUUUGACUCACAUCUUAAGCCUUGUAAGUAGUUAUAUCAUGUUCGUGGUUCUUUCUGUUGCCAAGUUCUCUCUAGAUUUGCUUUUUUCCUCGUAGUGUUUCAUCGCACAUUUCAUUAGCACCACUUAAAAUGACAAAAAUGAUGAACUCUAAAAUAAACACACACGCUGUGUUUAUUUCUGUGUAAUACUGCUGUAACAAUCGCAGCAGUAUUACACAUUUUAAAAGAGUGAAGCAGAAUGUUGCAUGUUUAUUAAUCAAGAACAUCACUGGACUCAUUCGACUGCAAUAUUAGGGUUCAGUUUGGAGUGAUUUGACAUGGCACUCAACACUGAUGAUUUUGGGUCUACUCAGAUUGAACAAACAUCUUGAGUGUCCCACUUUUAAAAAUGGCCAUAAUAAUAAUAAUAAAUCAUCUAGUUGUCUCAUUUUCAUGUAUUCUGCAGAGGCAUUGCUCUGCAUAAUUCAGUUUUUUAGAAUUAUUAACCAGGUGUGAUUGACAGACAUUUUUGUUUUGGGUGCCCACAAACGCAAGUGUACAAAUCGACUACAACCUUUACUUGACUUAAUGGACAGAGUAGAAAGUGUGUGACUGCACAUGUGGGCUGAACCACCAAAUUAAAAGCUGCCGUUCCAUAUGGAUAUUCCUGGCUUCUUACAAACUGUUUGGUCUUUUGGUCGAGGUCUGAAUCAGCCCUGUGAUUUCCUUUUUAUUUAUUUAUUUAUUUAUUAUCUUAAAAUCAUAGUUUCACUAAGCAUGGUUCCAUACUUUGAAUUGCUGUCACAAUCUCUGUUUCCCCCCCAGAGAUUCAAAUAAUGAAUGAUUAAUGAAGUGAAACGGAACAACAACAAUUCAGUCUGAUUAUCUUCAGUCACAAAUCUUCCAUCCAGUGUGGCCAUAGAAAACUUUAAAUUAGGAGCACCAAGUGAUAGUGGAUCCGUGGUGACCGGCUCAAUUUGUUGGGACCAAAACAGAAUAAUCUUAUAACAGUCUUAUUUCUAAGACUUCACUGUAUCAGUUGUCACUUUUAAACCCUUCAUCAGUCACCUGAGCUUUAAAACACAUCUUUAACCAGAUCUACAAACCACAUCUGUAUUCUGUUUGCAUGUAGUCUUUUAUUGCUGCUAAUUUCCACACUACUUUGCAAAGCAGCGCAUUGCAUGUUAAUUCUUAUUCACUCUACGGGGCUGUUUUCACUGCAGUGUGUGUGUGUGUGUGUGCGUUUUAGUUACUUUAUGAAAAUAUGUCCUGCUGGAAGGCCAGAAUAUUGUUUGUUUGUGUUUUGAUUUGAAGGCUACUAUACCUUGGAAAUGUAAAGAUUUGAUCCAGUCGGACACCCCGUCCCUCUUACACUUCCAGUAGUACAUUUAUUUUCAGUAUAAACUAACAAGCAACAGCUAACAUGCUCUAAUGAUAGACCUUCACUACUAACCCCAACAAACUUUUUGUCACAUGUGAAUAACUUCCUGGUUUGUCU